GUGCGCGUCUGUGGGUUUUUGAUUGUGAAUAUGUGUUUGUGUGUAUGUGUGUUUUGUGUGUGUGUGUGUGUGUGUGUGUGUGUGUGUGUGUGUGUGUGUGUGUGUGUGUGUGUGUGUGUGUGUGUGUGUGUGUGUGUGUGUGUGUGUGUGUGUUUGGGUUUGGGUGCAUGCAUCAGCGCACCGUGGUCAAAGUCAGCUGCAGGGUGUAUGCCUUAUACCCUAAACCACAAUAUACCAUUCACACACAAACACUGACACAGAAACCUAUGCGCACACAUAAACUCAGAAACCGAAACACCCAACACACAAGUUAAAUACCGUGUGAAACAUAGGGUGGUGUGACAAGCCUCUGUUUCACUAGACACACAUUAGUCUCCAACAUGGAUUGCUCAAUACUGUUGAUGUUGCUGGGCCUGCUCCUAAAUCUGUCUCACUGUACAGAAAUUUUGGAGGACGAUGGAGACGGGGGGUCGGAGGUGGAGGUCCAGAGCGACCCCGUGGCCGUUCUGGGGGAGGAGGUGUACCUGCGGUGCCUGUACCACGGCAACGCCUCCAUCACCGGCAGCGCCUGGAAACGGCACAGGGGCGGCCGUGUUCACCGGCUGGCGGGGUUCACCAACGGCACAGCGUUCAGGCGCAGCACGGCUACGCUUUCCUUUCCGGCCUCGCCCACCAACCUCACCGUGCGGAUGAGGGUGUCCGGCGUGGACGUGGAGGGGGAGUACGUCUGCGUCUUCGAGUCGCAGGACCGGGAGUUCAACAAGACUGUGAACCUCCAAGUCCACGUCCGUCCGCAGACGCAAUUAUCAGUAACUGCGGAGAUGGACAACGGCACCCACUAUCAGUCUGUGCGGUGCUCGGCUAAGGACGGCAAACCUCGAGCUCAGAUCGACUGGUUGAUCAACAACAAGCCCCCGGUCAAAGACUACUUCUCUAUCGAGCGGAGUGAUUCACCCGGAAGAAUCGGCGUGAGCAGCGCCGCCAGCAUCCUCCGCUUCCCGACGCACCUGCAGGACGAGGGCAGCGUCACCUGCGUGGUGCGCCACCCGACCCUGUCCAGCCCUGUCUCCACCACCGUCAGCGUGGAAACCUUUGCCGCUCCCAGGGUGAGUGUUCAGGCGGAGAUGAGACAGAGGCAGGAAGAGGAAGAGGAGGAGGAGGAGGACUACUGGAGGGUCUCCUGUGUGGCAUCUGGAGGGCGACCCGAGACCCUCGUCUCCUUGGUGACCACCGCCUCCGACGACGACGACGAGGAAGAAGAACCCAGAAGGGAGAACGGCACGGACGCAGGGACGAGUGUGUACCGCCUGCCGGUGUGGGCGUACGAAGGCCACAACGUCUCCUGCGUGUUCACCCAGCCCAAGCUGGCAGGGCCGCAGACCAGGACGCUCCAGCUGCCUUCCUUCAGUCUAUCUGGUGUUCGGUUACUGUCAGAGCCCAUCAACGAGCCGCAGGCCUCGCUGGAGCUUGAGGAAGGACAGCGGGAUGUUUCUAUUGGCCUGGAAGCCGUCGGAAACGUUCCACGCUAUGCCUUGUUUUGUCAAAAGGAGGAGGCGUCACGGCUGCCCGGGGGAGUCGCGGUGGUGGGGUCGGCCCUCACGUUCCAGGCUCCUGUGGGUCUCCUCCACGAGGGGCUCUAUGUGUGUGAGGCGUCGUACUACCGGCACAGGGCCACCGUGCAAAUAAACAUCACAGUUAGACCCCGGCCCGUGCUGCUCCCUCCCUUGAUAAGUCUUGAUCUGUGGUCCGGACCCUCGGGCCGCGAGGUCCAGUGCUCGGCUGUUGGCGCCAACCCGGCCGCCACCCUGUCCUGGAGCCCCCCCGAGGGCGUGGCCGCCGUCCCCUCCCCAGCGCCAGCUCCCCCCUGCCUGACGGACGCCACUCCGUCACGGGAGUCCUGGCCCUCGGCACGGCGUGCUUCCCUCGGCCGCUCGCCGUGGGAUGCGUGAUCCAUCAUCCGCUCUUCCCGACGCCGGAAUACCGGAGCGUCACCAUCCCGCUCUGUGCCCCGCCCAACAUCAGCCUGAGCUCCAGAGAGGAGUGGCGAGGAGGGGAGGAGUACACCGUGGCCCGGUGUCGCGUGGUCAGCGUCGCUACCGCGGCAACCGUCACCUGGCGCCUCGGCGGCGGGGCCGACGGCGGGGACGGCGUCGAGAUCGAUGACCUGGAGGGGGUGGAGGUCCGGACAGAGGAGGGGCAGCGUGUCGGCCUGGAGGUGGCCGCCCUCAGCACCCUGCGGCUCCCCACCUCUCUGUACUCGGGUCGGAGGUUGAGCUGCGAGGCGGGGGGUCACCAGGAGCGACAGCACCUGCUCCUCCCCUCCCUGGGGGCCCCUGUGCUGAAUGUGUCGAUGGGGCCGGGGGAAUCUGACCUCUGGCAGGCCGUGUGUGACUACCAGGCCGAGGGUGUGGAAGCCAACCUCAGCUGGGUCCUACCUGCGGGCUCCAGGGGCCAGCAGUCCCGCCGGUCCUGGACCCACGGGCGCACCGUG